UUCUCCUCCUCCUAAACGCCUCGUUGUUGCAGGACAGCAGGGACAAACUGACAGCAACUUAUUACUUAUAAAAAACCUCUUCCUCCAACAAAAUGACAGCAGUAAAGGCCACCAUAUUCAUCUUCAUCCUGCUUGCUCUGCUGUGCUCCACUGUAUACGGGCAUGCAUAUUCUAAACCUUCAAGACCAGCUUCUUGGGUCUGCUACACUACAGGAGGAGCUGCUGACGUGGCAGGUGGGAAUAUAAAUAUAAGUACCACGAAAUGUGACAGUGGGAAAGCAAGCACACUCAAUACAGUGAUAGGAUUUGGAUGUGCUCUCAUAGCUAUAUUAGGAUUUGGUAGCAACUUUAUUCCAGUGAAGAAGUUCGACACAGGUGACGGGAUGUUCUUUCAAUGGGUACUGUGUAUUGGUAUCUGGCUAGUUGGAGUGGUAGUUAAUCUGGUACGGUAUCAACCACCGUUCUUUUAUCCGGUGUUCUUUGGUGGGGUACUAUGGACUAGCGGUAAUGCACUAGUAGUACCAAUCAUAAAAACUAUUGGACUAACAAUGGGACUAACUAUAUGGGGAGCUACCAAUAUGUUAUCAGGAUGGUUCACUGGAAUGUUUAUAUUAAAGCAGCACUCUGGCUGCAAGGCAUUAAACUUUGCUGGAGUUGGUAUUGUUAUCAUAAGUACCAUUAUACUGUCGUUUGUGAAAAGUGAGGGAAAGAAAAAAGACGAAGACCCGUUCUCCGAGAAAUCUCCUCUCAUUGACUCUGAGAAAGCAAGGGUAUCAUCUAAAGCUCAGUCUUUGGAUGGUUCACUCUCCGACAAAGUGUUACAGUCAAAUUCAAUCCAAGAGAGAGAGCGGAUAACGUUUUCUAAAACCAGUUCAUCUUCAAUGUCUGAUGUGCUUGGAAAAGAUGAGGACUACUCCUGGGUUGACAAGUUAGGAAAAUGGCCACGAAAAAUUGUUGGUCUUAGUAUGGCGCUGGGUAUUGGGUUUUUAUUUGGCACUCAGUUCUUAGCAGUUGAAUUUAUGAGAUUAUGCGAAGAUGAUACUCAUUCAUGCAAUGAGCUUGAUUACAUAUUUGGUCACUUCACUGGUAUCUUCUUAGUCAGUACUUUCUGGUUUGCAGUCUAUUCUCUUUACAUGAGGAACAGACCUAAGGUUUAUCCUAAAGUGAUCCUACCAGCUCUAGCCAGUGGCAUCAUAUGGGGGAUAGCGAUGACUGGCUGGUUUGUAGCUAAUGAGAAUUUAUCACUAGCUGUUAGCUUCCCAAUAAUUACAGCUGGUCCAGGAUUUAUUAAUUCAGCUUGGGGUAUUUUGCUAUACAGGGAGAUCAAAGGAUGGAAAAACAUUAGUCUUUACUUUGGUGGUUUUUUCGUUUCGGUCUGUGGUGUGAUAAUGGUUGCACUCUCCAAUAACAAGGUUAAAUGUUAAUGAUGCAUAAAUUUGACUGAGUGACUGAUAAAAAUUGAUGAGGAGGCUAACAAAAAUAUAGUAA